AUGGUCUUUCUCAUGGAGACCAAGUUACAAGCUAAGAGUUUGGAGUUCAUAAGAAUAAAGGCUGGUUUUAAUAACAGCUUUGGUGUGGACAGUGUGGGCAAGAGUGGAGGCCUCGCCUUACUCUGGAAAAAUGAUGUUAGCAUUGAGAUUCAAAACUAUAGUCGUUGGCAUAUCAACGCAGUGUUCAAUUCAGUGUCGGGGACGCAGGCUUGGAAAUUUACAGGGUUCUACGGCAACCCCAAUGCUAGCAAAAGACAGGAAUCUUGGAGUUUAUUAAAUUAUCUCCAAUCUUUUGCUCCAACCCCUUGGUUAUGUGCGGGAGACUUCAACGAAAUUUUGGAAGACAGUGAGAAGUGGGGAGGGAGGCGAAAAGCACUGAGACAAAUGCAGGAUUUUCAGCAAGUUGUGGAGCAAUGUAAUCUGCAGGAUUUGGGUUUCUCGGGUCCCAAAUUCACUUGGCAUAAUGGACGUGAAGCGGAGGAUUUUACCCAAGAAAGGCUUGACAGAGCCUUCGGCAAUAUGGAGUGGUGUGAUUUUUUUAAUAAUGUUCAAGUGAAGGUUCUGGUGGCUAGAAGUUCGGAUCAUGCCCCAUUACUUAUUGAAUGCUCAACUGGGAGGAGAACGGGACGAAAGAAACAAUUCUGUUUUCGAUAUGAGGCUAGGUGGAGUAGAAAAGUGGAACCCAAGGAAAUAAUCAAGAGAGUGUGGAGGCAAAAGGAAAGGAAAGGUGACGCCUGGCAAGGAAUUAAAAGUAAUUUGGAGCAAAGUAAAAGAGAGUUACUGCAAUGGAGAAAGAAGGAGGUCCCACCAACUGAAGAUAUUAUUUCUCAAAAAUCAGCACUACUACGAACUCUGCAGGAAGUAGAAGGUACUGCUAGGAGGGGUGAGAUAAAAAGAUUGCAGACUGAGUUGGGUGACCUUUUGGCUCAGGCUGAUGUAACGUGGAGACAAAGAGCAAAAAUGCAUUGGCUCAAAAAUGGGGACAAGAAUACACGAUUCUUUCAUGAAUGCGUAAAACAGAGGAGACGUAAAAAUAUUAUCUCUCAAAUUGAUGAUGAGGAGGGCAGGAGAUGGUCCAAUCCGAGAGAAGUUGAGAGGGCUUUUUGCUCUUAUUAUCAGAAUCUGUUCACAUCCUUACACCUUACUGGGGUGGAUGAAAGUCUGGAUCUAUUGCCCAAUAGAGUCACAGCUGAAAUGAAUUCCAGACUUGUGCGGGAGCCCACCAUGGAGGAGAUUUAUAUGGCUUUAUCCCAAAUGGAUCCCAUGAAAGCGCCAGGCCCCGACGGUUUUCCGACUUGUUUCUUCCAAGAUCAUUGGGACUCGGUGGGUCCGAAAGUUGGAAAAGUCGUCUCCAAUUUUUUCAGGAUGUGGGGUAAGGUGGGAUAUAUGGCUUUAAAACUCGAUAUGAGUAAAGCCUAUGAUAGAGUGGAAUGGGUCUUUUUGGAGGCGGUGAUGAGAAAGAUGGGCUUUGAUGCGAAAUGGGUGGGGCUUGCUGCUUUAAAUGGAAGGCUUAAGGGAGUCCCUACUUCCCUAAGGGGCCCCAAAAUUAACCAUUUAUUUUUUGCAGACGACAGCCUAAUUUUCUGUAAGGCUAAUUUGCAAGAUUGGGCCUUUUUGUCAAAAAUUCUGGAAGAUUAUGAGGCCAUCUCAGGGCAACGUUUGAAUAAAGAGAAGACUGCUGUUUUUUUCAGCAGAAAUACUAGCAGGGAAGAUCGGCUGACAAUCCAGAAUUUGUCCGGGAUACCCGCUUCGCAGCGUUUUGACACUUAUUUGGGGCUCCCAGCUUUGGUGGGAAAAUCAAGGACUCGAGAGUUCCACAAGAUUAAGGAGAGAGUGAAUAAACGUGUCAAUGAUUGGAAAGCAAAAUUCCUCUCACAAGCAGGAAAGGAGAUUCUUAUUAAAGCUGUGUUACAGGCGAUACCUGCUUAUAGCAUGAGCAUUUUUUUGUUGCCCAAAACUCUAUGUAGUGAGUUAAAUGGAAUUAUGCAGAAAUUCUGGUGGGGACACAAGGAUAAUGUGAAGAAGAUACACUGGAUGAGCUGGGAGAAAAUGGGGCGAUCAAAAGCUAACGGAGGUAUGGGUUUUAGAGACCUAAUCUGUUUUAAUAUGGCCCUUUUAGCCAAGCAAGGAUGGAGGAUUAUCCAAAAUCCUGAUAGUCUGGUGGGGCGCAUUUUAAAAGCCAAAUAUUUUAGUCGAAGCUCAUUGUUGGAAGCAAAAAUUGGUAGCAGGCCGUCCUUUGCGUGGAGAAGUUUACUGGCUGCUACUGUAUUGUUGAGAGAAGGGAUGAUUUGGCGGAUAGGGAACGGGCAGAGUGUCAAUAUAUGGGGGUCUAAAUGGAUUCCUAAGCCUAUAUCUUUUAAAGUUCAGUCUCCAUGCUUAUCUUUGUCAAGUGAUGAGAAAGUUGCAGCUCUAAUGGACCCACAUUCAAGGGGCUGGAAUGUUCCUCUGAUACAAUCCCUGUUUGAAAAAGAAGAGGCAGAAAUUAUAUGCAAUAUCCCUCUCAGCAGAUUUGACUGUCCGGAUAAAAUGGUCUGGAGAGCAACGCCAACCGGAAUAUUCACCGUCAAAAGUGCUUAUUUUUUGGAGCAAGAAAGGAGUCACGGUGAGGGGGGCGCGAGCUCAAAAGGUAACGGCUGGAAAUUUUUCUGGAAAUUGAUAUGGGGCCUUUCAAUCCCAAAUUCCACGAAAGUCUUCCUAUGGAGGGCGUGUAGCAAUCUGCUCCCAACCAGAGAUAAUCUUCUGCGGAGGGGAAUGGACCUGGAGGUGGGGUGUUUUCUGUGCAGUCAAGAGACCGAAACAAUUCUCCACGUGUUGUGGGAGUGUCCAGCUGCACGGGAUGUUUGGGGGGUGUGUGAUAGGAAGAUCCAGAAAAUGGGGAGUCUGGGUCCAGAUUUUAGAGAAAUAAUGGUGAAGCUUUCGGAGAGAUGCAGUUCUGAUGAGAUGGGUUUAAUUGCAACAAUAGCCCAAUGCAUUUGGAAAAGGAGAAAUAACGUAUUGCAUGGAGGUAUGUUUAUACACCCAAACCGGUUGAUCCAUGAAGCAAAGGAGGCCCACGAGAUGUUCCUGGAAGCAAAUCAGAAGCAGGACAGCUUGAACGAAAUUUUACGUGAACCAGGGGUGGAUGCGGAAGUCUGGAGGUGCCCACCACCUGGGUUCUACAAAAUAAAUUGGGAUGUAGGUAUGGAUGAGAGGAGUAAUCGGCUGGGUGUUGGGGUGCUUAUAAGAGACUCCUUUGGAGAGAUCAUUGCAGCAAGGAGCUUGACAAUCCAAACUAAACAACCACCAGUGAUAGCGGAAGCCAUGGGAGCAGUUUACGCAGCAGAGUUUGGACGAGACACAGGUGUUCAAGAUGUAAUUUUGGAAGGGGAUUCUCUGAUUGUGGUUAAAGCGCUUCAAGCUGAGAUUGAAGACUUGAGUCCUUACGGACACCUCAUAGAUGAAGCUAGAAUGCUUCUACGACAUUUUCGAACGGCUCAAGUCAGACAUGUGAAGAGAAAUUCUAACAAAGCUGCCCAUGGGUUAGCUAAAGAAGCAGUUAGAAAGUGUAUUGAUAAUAUAUGGAUGGAGGAGAUGCCUCCAUGUAUUUCUGAUAUACUUGCUAUAGAGCGUACAGCUCUUGUAAUUUAG